UUUUCCGUCUCCUUUCCUUCUAGAGGAGUUGAGCAAGGCAAAGUAGCAGAAAUGCAGCAAAGAGUGUCGGCAUCAGGGAGGCCUUCUGGUACAGAUGGCUCGGAUUUCUCGUAUCGAAUGGUUGUUGAAUCCCGAUAUCAAAAAGUAGCUCGUACAAAAUCUAUUCUGCGCUCAUUUUUCUUAGUUCAGGCUAUCACAUUUUUGUUAGGACUGUUUUUGCUUCUGUUUCGAUCAGCAUCAAACGAUUUGGCUCUCCCAGUCCUUGAGAUUGCAACUAUGGCUUCUGGUCUCAUUUCAUUGAUGAUUGGAGAAUUAGGUCGAAAACGCAGCCGAGUGAAUUUGUUGAGACUUUUUAUGGUCACAUCAUCUAUUGUUGUCUCCUUCUUCGUAUAUUGUGCCACUCAGAAGUAUUCAGGAUUCAUGGUUGCCAAAAGAACAAGUUACUGGGAAAUAGUUUUGGAGCUUCCUGAGGUCGUCCUUGGUGUUGUGGGACUAGUGUUUCAUCUAUUUAUCAUUAGCUACACAUUCCAUCUCAUUUCUAACAUGUCUAUCCCUAAGAGGGCUUCAUAGCCGUGUCCUUACACCAGUGUUAAAAAGGAAAAGGUUUAUGCCCGUUGCCUUGAACUUCAUUAUGUAUUCUACUUCCAAUACCCACAGAGCACUCAUAACUAUGAAAUUUUGUUGGUAGGAUGAUUUGAUUCCAUUUUUAUGGAUUAAACAAAUUAAGCUUUUAGUCUCUUUGAUUCUUUUGAAUGGAAGGAUUGUUCACAUCAAUUUGUAAGGAAUUGUUCCAGGAUAGUGUGUGAAUGAAUCACUUGUGCUUGAAAAAAGUUUGAA